ACAUGAUAUCAUGCUGGAGUGCAGAGGGAGGAUGAAUUGGCGGCGGGGAUGAAUUUAAGCUGGCCGAAGGAGGCGUUGGAGAGGAAAGGGCCGGAAAAGAAAGAUGACCACAGUUCCCAUGAUGCACGGAGAGUUGACUACAUUUCCCAUGAUGCCUCGAGGAGGGGGCGUAGAGAAGAAGGACUGCAUGUCCCGCGAUGCUCUCGGCGGGCCGGUGGCGGUGAUUGAACCGGAAGAGGCUUUCUGCGUUUGAGGAGUGGAGUGUCUGGUACUGAACAACCAAAAGUCCAAUAUGAAACUGUAUUGCCUGUCAGGGCACCCGACCUUACCGUGCAAUGUGCUCAAAUUCAAAUCAACUACCAUUAUGUUGGACUGUGGACUGGACAUGACUUCCACUCUCAAUUUCCUUCCUUUGCCACUUGUUCAAAGUCCCAGGCUGUCUAAUCUUCCUGGCUGGUCCCUAAAGGAUGGAAAUGCUUUCUUGGACAAGACCGAGCUAAUAGAUCUGUCUACGGUAGAUGUGAUCCUCAUCUCUAACUACCACUGCAUGAUGGCGCUGCCCUACAUCACUGAGCACACCGGUUUCUCAGGCACAGUGUACGCCACAGAGCCCACCGUUCAGAUCGGCAGGCUUCUCAUGGAAGAGCUGGUGAAUUUCAUUGAAAGAGUACCCAAGGCUCAGUCUGCCUCCUUGUGGAAGAACAAGGAUAUUCAGCGGCUGUUGCCUUCUCCACUCAAGGACGCAGUGGAAGUAUCAACCUGGAGAAGAUGCUAUACGAUGCAAGAGGUGAACUCUGCCCUUAGCAAAAUCCAGCUGGUGGGGUAUUCUCAGAAAAUUGAGCUUUUUGGUGCAGUCCAGGUGACUCCGCUAAGCUCAGGCUAUGCCCUUGGAAGUUCCAACUGGAUUAUCCAAUCCCAUUAUGAGAAAGUAUCAUAUGUUUCCGGAUCCUCCUUACUUACCACACAUCCCCAGCCCAUGGACCAAGCUUCUCUCAAAAACAGUGACGUUCUCAUUCUGACAGGCCUGACCCAGAUCCCCACCGCGAACCCAGACGGCAUGGUGGGAGAGUUCUGCAGCAAUCUGGCACUGACAGUCCGGAAUGGAGGAAACGUGUUGGUGCCCUGUUACCCUUCCGGCGUGAUCUAUGACCUCUUGGAAUGUCUGUAUCAGUACAUUGACUCAGCCGGCCUCUCCAACAUCCCUUUCUACUUCAUCUCCCCGGUGGCCAACAGUUCACUUGAGUUUUCCCAGAUUUUUGCUGAGUGGCUUUGUCACAACAAACAGACGAAGGUGUAUCUACCAGAACCACCUUUUCCUCAUGCAGAGCUCAUUCAGACCAACAAGCUGAAGCACUACCCCAGCCUCCACGGAGACUUCAGCAGUGAUUUCCGCCAGCCGUGCGUGGUGUUCACCGGGCACCCCUCCCUCCGGUUUGGGGACGUGGUCCACUUCAUGGAGCUCUGGGGGAAGUCGAGUCUCAACACUGUCAUAUUUACAGAACCUGAUUUCUCCUACCUGGAAGCACUGGCUCCCUACCAGCCCUUGGCCAUGAAAUGCAUUUACUGCCCCAUUGAUACACGGCUGAAUUUCAUCCAAGUGUCCAAGCUGCUUAAGGAAGUGCAGCCGCUCCACGUGGUCUGCCCCGAGCAGUACACACAGCCACCCCCCGCGCAGUCCCACCGGAUGGACCUGAUGAUCGACUGCCAGCCGCCUGCCAUGUCGUACCGGCGGGCCGAGGUCCUCGCCUUGCCUUUCAAGCGUCGCUAUGAGAAGAUCGAAAUCAUGCCAGAGCUUGCAGAUGCGCUGGUGCCCAUGGAGAUUAAGCCUGGCAUUUCCUUGGCAACCGUCUCGGCUGUGCUGCACACGAAAGAUAACAAGCACGUCCUUCAGCCCCCGCCCAGGCCGGCCCAGCCCACUGGCGGUAAGAAGAGAAAGCGGGCAAGUGAGGACAUCCCGGACUGCAAAGUGCUGAAGCCCCUGCUCAGCGGCUCGAUCCCCGUAGAGCAGUUCGUGCAGACGCUGGAGAAGCAUGGCUUCAGCGAUAUUAAGGUAGAAGACACAGCGAAGGGCCAUAUUGUCCUGCUCCAGGAAGCGGAGACGCUCAUCCAGAUUGAGGAAGAUUCGACUCAUAUCAUUUGUGACAAUGAUGAGAUGCUCAGGGUACGACUGCGGGACCUCGUUCUCAAAUUCCUACAGAAGUUCUAAAUGGAACAUCUAAGCCAUUUCUACUUCACUGAAAUCCUGCCGUCCUUCGCUGGGGCUGCCCAGCCCAAACUGAGGAAGGGCAUAAAAAGUUGGUCAUGUCUUUGUGGUGUUCUCUGGUUUAAGGAAUAAAGAAGUGGCCCUUGAGGGACGUGAUUAUCAGCAGUUACAGCCAGAAUCUCCUAAGCUAGAUUUCUAGCACUGUUUUGGGCAAGAGCUUUUGCUUCAAACUUAAACUCAUUUUCUUCCCAAUUCUGCCUCUCUUGAGUGGCCAGGAUGGUAAGGCAGCAAGCUGAGGAGUAGUGUAAGAGUAACAGAAGCAGCUUUCCAAGAGGUUAAUGGUGGAAGGGGAGGUAAAAGAUGACCGAGUUAGCAGUGUGUGUUUGUUUUUCAUGGUUUCAUAGACCUUGGGCAGGGGUAAUUAGUCUUUGCUUGUGUUUUAUUUACUUGUCUACAGUGCUACACCUAAUAAGAAAGAUGAUCCAAAAAAAAUUGGUAUAAUGAACCAUCUAUAUGUAUUUUAUACUGUGAGCCCAUUUUGUUAAUAAAACUUAUUUUUUAUAGAAGUA